AUGAUAUCCCUCUUCGACUGCUGCACUCGCGGCAACGUUGCCGUCGAAUCUCCCACCAACGCGAUUGACGCCCACCGCCAGGUUCUCAUCAACGCCGGAAUCAGCGCCAGCUCAAUUACCAACAUUGACGUCGGCCACUACCAGGUGUUGGAGCCUGUGACUCAGACCAAGGUCGUCGAGGUUGAGAAGGAGAUCAUCGAGGAGAAGAUCAUCGAGGUCCCCGAAAUCCAGUAUGUCGACAAGUACGUCGAUGUCGAUGUGCCGGUUGUCAAGUACAAGCCCGUGUACGUGAAGAAGGAGGUCGUCGUCGAGAAGCACAAGCACGUGCCACGCAUUGUGUACGAGGACAAGAUCGUCGAGGUCCCCCAGAUCAAAUACGUCGAGAAGGAGGUCGAGGUCCCUCAGAUUGUCAUGAAGGAGAAGAUCGUCGAGGAGCCCAAGAUCAUGAUUGUCGAGCACGUCAUCCCCGUCCUUAAGGUCAAGAAGGCCGACCACGCCACUGAUGUUGACAACGGUGGACAGCAGUACCUCGACGACAGCAUGACUGCCACCACCACCACCUACGUCGAAGCUGAGGGAGUUGAAAAGGUUGCUGACAGGGCUGCCUGCUGCACCGUCGGCUAA